CUGCCAAGCCCUCCUCGCUGCGCCCUCCCCUCGCAUUCACUUGCAAAUCGCACUGUGCAGCCGGAGCCAGCGCUUCCCAGUCUCCAACCUUCCCAUGGCGAGCGCUGCAGCUCUAUCAGCAGAACCUUUCUCUCCGAGUGAGGAAGGGCUUUUUUCCCCUUUUCCUUUUUUGUUUUUUUUCCCCCUUAAUCAGAAGCACUGAAUGAAAGCCAAUCAGAGAGAGAGCUCGCCCCCGUUUUCCUCGGUUCCCUGCCGUCCAGAGUUAAAAGUGAUGCUGAGAAAAAGCUUGAGUUAGAUUGAAGUAGAAGCAGUGAUAGAAAAUAACAGCAGAAAACAAACAAAAAGGGGACCUGGUGACAAUUUCUCCAGGCUUAUUUUGGCUGGAAUCAACUUCCGUUAUCCAGAAGCUGAUAAAAAAGCUUGUAGAAAGAUGUACAAAACGCUGAUGAAAUGUUGGAAACCAGCUGAAUCACAGUAAAAUCCAAUCCGGUAAAAUCGGACUGCUCGCUCUUUCUCCACGUUGAGAUUUGCUCCGAAGUAAAUUAUGACAAUAUAUCAAUUUUUAAGACUAUUUCUACUUUGGGUAUGGCUGCCACGUUUAUGUUCUCCAGAGAUAAUGUUUAGAAGGACUCCUGAGCCUCAGCGAAAGAUUUUAGAUAUGCGUGGACCAAGGAAUGACGGCAAAAUUCUGCAUCGUCAAAAACGUGGCUGGAUGUGGAAUCAAUUUUUCUUACUGGAGGAGUACACAGGAUCUGAUUAUCAGUAUGUGGGCAAGCUUCAUUCAGACCAAGAUAAAGGAGAUGGAUCGCUCAAAUAUAUUUUAUCUGGAGAUGGAGCUGGCACUCUUUUUAUUAUUGAUGAAAAAACAGGUGAUAUUCAUGCCACAAGACGAAUUGAUAGAGAGGAAAAAGCCUUUUAUACUCUACGUGCACAAGCUAUUAACAGAAGAACUCUGAGGCCAGUAGAACCGGAGUCUGAAUUUGUGAUCAAAAUCCACGAUAUCAAUGACAAUGAACCAACUUUUCCUGAAGAAAUUUACACAGCUAGUGUUCCUGAAAUGUCCGUUGUAGGUACUUCUGUGGUGCAAGUCACAGCUACAGAUGCCGAUGACCCUUCCUAUGGGAACAGCGCCAGAGUCAUUUACAGCAUUCUUCAAGGGCAGCCGUAUUUCUCUGUGGAACCAGAAACAGGUAUCAUCAGGACUGCAUUACCGAACAUGAACAGAGAAAAUCGAGAGCAGUACCAAGUGGUCAUCCAGGCCAAAGACAUGGGCGGCCAAAUGGGAGGCUUAUCGGGGACGACCACAGUGAAUAUCACACUGACAGAUGUCAAUGAUAAUCCACCUCGCUUCCCCCAGAAUACUAUUCAUCUUCGAGUUCUAGAAUCUUCCCCUGUUGGCACGGCUGUUGGAAGCGUAAAAGCAACUGAUGCAGACACUGGGAAAAAUGCUGAAGUAGAAUACCGAAUUAUCGAUGGUGAUGGGACAGAUAUGUUUGACAUUAUAACAGAGAAGGACACACAGGAGGGCAUCAUAAUUGUCAAAAAGCCACUUGACUAUGAAAGCCGAAGACUUUAUACUCUAAAGGUUGAAGCAGAAAACACCCAUGUGGAUCCACGUUUUUACUACCUAGGACCAUUCAAAGAUACCACAAUUGUGAAAAUCUCUAUAGAAGAUGUGGACGAGCCCCCUGUUUUUAGCAGAUCGUCCUACCUGUUUGAGGUUCACGAAGACAUUGAAGUGGGUACAAUCAUUGGCACUGUAAUGGCGAGGGACCCGGAUUCCACUUCCAGCCCUAUCAGAUUUUCUUUGGAUCGCCAUACUGACCUUGACAGAAUAUUUAACAUACACUCUGGAAAUGGAUCGCUAUAUACAUCAAAACCUCUUGACCGAGAAUUAUCUCAAUGGCAUAAUCUUACUGUUAUAGCUGCUGAAAUCAACAAUCCCAAAGAGACAACUCGUGUGGCUGUUUUUGUGAGAAUUCUGGAUGUUAAUGACAAUGCCCCACAAUUUGCUGUGUUCUACGACACAUUUGUAUGUGAAAAUGCCAGACCAGGACAGUUAAUACAGACUAUAAGUGCAGUGGACAAAGAUGACCCCUUAGGUGGACAAAAAUUUUUCUUCAGUUUAGCUGCUGUCAACCCAAACUUCACAGUACAAGAUAAUGAAGACAACACUGCCAGAAUUUUGACAAGAAAGAAUGGCUUCAACCGACAUGAAAUAAGUACCUAUCUCCUGCCUGUGGUGAUCUCAGACAAUGAUUACCCAAUCCAGAGCAGUACAGGCACACUGAGCAUCCGAGUGUGCGCCUGCGACAGCCAAGGCAACAUGCAGUCCUGCAGCGCGGAGGCCCUGCUUCUCCCUGCUGGCCUCAGCACCGGGGCAUUGAUUGCCAUUCUCCUCUGCAUCAUUAUUCUGCUAGUGAUAGUAGUACUCUUUGCAGCUCUGAAAAGACAGAGGAAGAAAGAGCCUCUGAUCUUGUCUAAAGAAGACAUCAGAGACAACAUCGUGAGCUAUAAUGACGAAGGUGGUGGGGAGGAGGACACCCAGGCCUUUGAUAUCGGCACCCUGAGGAAUCCUGCAGCUAUGGAGGAGAAAAAGCUGCGCCGAGACAUCAUUCCCGAGACGCUCUUCGUGCCCCGCAGGACUCCCACUGCCCCGGACACCACGGACGUGCGGGAUUUCAUCAACGAGAGGCUCCGAGAGCACGACCUGGACCCCACGGCGCCUCCCUACGACUCGUUGGCGACCUACGCCUACGAAGGCAACGAUUCCAUCGCCGAAUCUCUGAGCUCCUUAGAAUCAGGUACUACAGAAGGAGACCAAAACUACGAUUACCUCCGGGAAUGGGGGCCUCGGUUUAACAAGCUAGCAGAAAUGUAUGGUGGCGGGGACAGCGACAAAGACUCCUAACCGCGGUGUAUGCUCUGCUCAACAUGAGAAAGAGCUUUCUGCACACCGUCUCCUCUUCACAAUAUUUGAUAUUCAGAAGAAAUUUUCCUGCCGCUCAGCACAAUAUUUUUUCCCAUUUCCUUCUUAAUUUGUUGAUUAAUUAAAUUAAUUCUUUUCCGUAGGAUGUCUCAUGGAAUAUACACGACAUUUUAUUUAAUCACUUCCAAGAGCCAAAGCUAUGGAAAUUCAGUGUUGUCCAUCUUAGCAAAUAAAAGAUAAUUUCAGAAACAUGAACAGGAUAGUGUCCCUUAAGCAACCUCACAAACCGCAUCUUUUAGAUACAUGCCCUGCCCUUGCAAAUGAAGCUUUUAAAAAAGAUGAAGAAAAAAAAUUAAGGUAUAUCCUGUCUGUACAUUAAAUUUUACAAGUAUGUACAUGUGGUGUUAGUAGGUGUGAUAUGCAAUCUGGUAUACAAACGUUUGUGCAAUUUCAUUUCAUCAAAUUCUAUCCGCUAAUGUUUUAUAUUUAUAUUUUUGUAUUUAUUUUUAAAAAAAUAAACCAGUUUUUACAACUA